AUGGACAUUUCCAACCCGAGGAGGAUUCUGGCAGUCAGCCUAGAGGGCUCAGAGCAUCAUUUGAGUCGUGUCAUUAAAGAUCUUACCGGGUCAUCACCAGAAGCGGCAUCAACGUCACUGGCGGGCACCACGCAUGACCUUGAGCUCAAAACUUCUUACUACACAGCUUCAAUCCCAAUUUGGAUAGAUCUAAUCGCUUCCCCGUCAGAAUGGGCUUCAUCUUUCCUAUCUGAAGAGGCUCGCGAGGUCCUUGCAGUUCUAGGCGGCCUUGUCCUGGUCUUCGCGAUACCCAAUGCCAAGCCCGAAACUCUAACCGCGGAUAACGACACCCCCGGUCUUAUUCGGCACGUCGGCAGUGUCGUUCAGAAGGGCCUUGGAGGAUGGGAAUGGGAUGGAGUCAGACUGGCCGUUGGCAUCGGUGAGGGCGACGCCGAUGAAUGGGAUGAGCUAUGCGCAGAGGCUGGCCUGGAGUUUGUACAGCUGAAGAGCGGGCAAAAGGAUAAAAACGAGUUUGGAGAAAAGACGGGUAUCUCCCGUGUAAAGGAAGCCCUUGAAUCAAACGACUGGGAGCAGUUAAACGAUGACCCACUCUCUGAUUUUGAUGAGACGCACUCCGAUAAAUCCGAAGAUGCAGAGGACUUUGAUCCAGAGAGCUUGGACUUUGGUGUCGACCGUUCUGACUUUGAAGGGCUGCGUAUGGCAAUAUGGGAAACAAGCCGGCUCGAGAUAGGGGAUGCCGAUAAUACUUUUCCCAAACCAGCCGAGUCGGGUAUUUCCAAGGUGACGGAUGUCAAUGCGGGCACCGCCGCUGAUACCAACGAUAACGAGACGCAGGACCGUGAGCUAGAUGACGAAGAUGUUGCCAAGGUAGAGAAGAUGAUGAGGAAGCUUCAAGCAGCUAGAGAAAUGGGGGAGGGCAUGAGCGAGGCGCAGAGAAAGCGGCUGGCCGCCAGAGCUGUGGAGGAGGUAAUGAGAGAGCUUUGA